GGAAGACUGGGAUGGCUCAGUGCUCUUACGGCUGAAGGGACGUACCUGCUUGAGGUCACGCAACGUGGCUCCCAGAGUCUUUAUGUCGGCGAGGGACAGGCCUUGGGAGGAGGUGCUUCUGUCGAUCCGCGCAAGGCAGCCUUAGCUGCAGCAGAGCGCCGUCAGGCAUCCGCCCUGAGCCGUGGUGUGGGCGAGAAGGCCGCGAAGACGCUGCAGCAGAGCGGGCAGCGAGAGGCUGCGAUGAAAAAGAUCACGGAGCUGUAUGCCAAGAGGAGAGAGGAUGUGCCGAUUGCUCUGCAGAGUGCCAGUCUCGAG